UAAAAGUAAGUCUCAAAUUGGUCGGUCACAAGAAUAUUGUACUUAACCAUUGUAAGCUUCAAAAUAAGCUUAAAUAUUUUACCUGUGGAAGAGACUUUUCCACCUCUUAUUACGGAAUUUCCAUCAUGUGUGGCAUAUUUGCUUAUCUAAACUUCUGUGUUCCUCGAAAACGUCAAUACAUUCUGGAACUUUUGAUCAGUGGUCUUCAGCGACUGGAAUAUCGUGGCUACGAUUCUGCAGGGGUGGCCUACGAUGGAGUCGAAGAGCUGAGAAUUGUGAAAAAGAGAGGGAAAGUUGCUGCACUUCAGCAAGAAAUCCAUGCUCAGAGUGACUUUAGCUUAGAUGAGGAGCUCUCAAUUCACUGCGGUAUUGCACACACACGUUGGGCAACCCAUGGUGAACCAAGUGGUGUGAACAGUCAUCCUCAGAGAUCAGAUCCAUCCAAUGAAUUUGUGGCAGUUCAUAAUGGCAUUAUAACCAACUACAAAGAUAUCAAAACAUUUAUGGGGAGCAAAGGAUUCCGCUUUGAAUCUGAAACAGAUACUGAAGUGAUACCAAAGCUGGUCAAGUAUUUCUAUGACAAAACGAAAAAAGAAGGACAGGAACUAGAAUUUAGAGAACUUGUGGAGAUGACCAUACAACAAUUGGAGGGAGCAUUUGCACUUGCUUUUAAAAGCUCAAAGUUUCCAGGUGAAAUUGUGGCCACCAGGCGUGGCAGUCCCCUGCUUGUGGGUAUCAAGAGUGCAUUCCCCCUGAAAACAGAUAGGUUGCCCAUUGUGUACAGUUCAGGAGAUACACAUGAUGAGGCUGAAGGAAAAGAUGCUGCUGUGAAUGGUUUUGGUUGGUCAAGUUUGGCUACAAACAAAGACAGUCCAAUUGAAAUUUACUUUGCCUCAGAUGCAAGUGCUGUUAUUGAGCAUACGAACAGAGUGAUCUACUUGGAAGAUGAUGAUGUUGCUGCAGUUAGUAAUGGAAAUCUUUCAAUCCAUCGCAUAAAGCGUGGAGAUGCAUCCGAAGAGAAUUAUUUCAGAGAAGUUCAGACCCUUCAAAUGGAGUUGCAGCAGAUCAUGAAAGGGAAUUACAGCUCCUUUAUGCAGAAAGAAAUCUUUGAACAGCCAGAAAGUGUUGUGAAUACAAUGAGAGGACGAGUCAAUUUAGAGUCAGGAAGUGGUAAGGACAUUUCUUUACUCGACAGAGAGUGGGAGGGGGGGGCUGGAAGGAACCUGUCAUCACUGAUCAACUUGAUAACUGAUUUUUUAAAUAAUUUGUUACACUGUACUAAAAAAAUUUGUUCACCAUUAUUGGAUUGUUUUUUGUUUUUGUUUUUUUUGUUUUCUCUUUUUUCAGUGGGAAGCUCUAUCUCCAGAGAAAGUAUGUGUGGAUGUCACAUCAAUGCUGGUCCAGAAAUUGGUGUUGCAAGUACAAAGGCUUACACAAGUCAGUUCCUUGCUUUGACAAUGUUUGCCUUGAUGAUGUCAGAAGAUAGAAUCUCCAUGCAGCAGAGACGUAGGGAAAUAAUUGAAGGGAUGAAAAAAUUACCAGAACUCAUAAAGGAGGUUCUAAAAUUAGAUGAAGAAAUCCAGUCGUUGGCACAAGAGAUUUAUCAACAGAAGAGUCUCCUUGUCAUGGGCAGAGGAUUUCAAUUUGCAACUUGCUUGGAAGGAGCUCUGAAAAUUAAGGAGUUGACAUACAUGCAUUCAGAAGGUAUCCUUGCUGGGGAACUCAAACAUGGUCCACUAGCUCUUGUGGACAAGAACAUGCCUGUUAUUAUGUUGGUGUCGAGGGAUGCAGUGUUUACGAAAUGCAUGAAUGCAUUACAGCAGGUGACAGCACGACAGGGGCGCCCCAUACUUAUUUGCAAUAAAGGUGAUGAAGAAGUGAAGAGCCAUGCGUUCCGCACUCUUGAGGUGCCCAGAACUGUUGACUGCCUUCAGGGAAUCUUGUCAGUCAUUCCACUGCAGUUGUUGUCUUUCCACAUUGCUGUGCUUCGUGGAUAUGAUGUGGAUUGUCCACGCAACUUGGCCAAGUCCGUAACUGUGGAAUAACCAGCACUUGCACAAAGGAUCGCAUCCCAAUCAUCCACUCAGAAUGACCUUCCUGUUGCACAAUUCUAAUAUAUGAUUUAUUACAUAUUAUAACUGUCUAAAGGCUUUCUAAUGUCUAAGUAAAUUGACUCAGAGGUACAUUUAGUGUGGCAUUUAGAACAAAGUAAAUAGGCCAACCAGAUAACAAAUUUACUAUAAUCCAGGUAUAGAUAGCCCUAGGUGGAAUUUUCCAUAAUAUUAGGUUAUUAGUUGAACAAUAUUCAUAAUAUUAUUUGAUUCACACGCAUCCACAUACAGAAAUAAACAGAGAGGAUGUGAUGAUAGGGGGUAGGACAAUUUUAAGAAAGGAAUGUAUGCCUAAAAACAAUGCUGUCAGUGGUUAAAUUGUGAUUUACCUCCUAGUGAUCUGAUUAAGGUUAAGGAGGUGCACACUGGAUAUAUAUAAAGGAUCCAGCUUUUUAUCCCUUUGCACCCUUACAUUAGUAAGCAUAUUCUCCAUAUAACAUUCUCUAUACAUUUUUUAGAGUGCUGACAAAGAGAAUUUGCUUCAUAAUCAUGAGAGUCUUUAAUUUAGUUGUGUGUGAAUACAUAAAUAAAUCUUCUCAUAAGAGGGAGGGAUCAUCUGGCUUUUUUUUUUAAUUUUUUUUUUUAUGCUCUCUGAAUUGCGUGGCUCUUUACCUUAGGGUUUCCUUGCAGUGACUGUCAAUCAGCAAAAAGCUGUGGUGAAUUUAAAAUUAUCUGCCUUGGUUGAUCAACUGUCAUCGAUAAUUUACUGAACAUGAGGCAAAGAACUGUUUUUUCAGUAUAUAAUUAUGAGUUAAAAUUUCAGGUGAUUCUUGGGGACUUCAUUUCACUAGUACCAAAUUAAUUGCUUUGUAGGAGACAGCAAGAAAUUGUACUGCCAGAAGUACUUUCACGAAUUGAUGCUAUAAGAUUGUGAUUUUAUGGUUUGAUUGUAGUAAGUUGUUGGGUACGCAGAGCAUGCACAAUUCUUGCAAUCAUCUGUGAGCAAUGAUAUAUUAAACAAACCUUAUCAUGAUAUAUUACUAAAGCCUCCUAAUGAAAAAAAAAGUUGGAGUAUUCAUCUCAUUCUAAAAUGUUUUAACUAUUGACUUUCUAAUUUUUCUGGUGGGGAAUGAAAUUUCAUUUCUGGCAGCAACUUGUGCUUUAAGGUUGCAAGAUGGUGACUCAAUGAAAAAGUUCAGCUUUGAGCCUUUUGAAAUGCAAGUGUUAACAAAUUAAAAGGCUUCAGAUUCUAGGAAGAGUUUGCCUAUCAGAACAAGAUUUUAAUUCAAGUGUUUGAGGAAUUGUGUAGAAAAGAAAUGUAGAGCAAGUCUUUUACUCUUAUCUAUUGCAUGUAAAAAUCAAGGGUGUGUUAUGGAAUAAAAUAAGAAGACAUCAUUGAAACUUGAAA